AUGACUACAAUGACUGAUACAGGCCAGCGCAGCAGCGGGGCAAACCCGGAUACCGACAUUCUGCUCGAGGUCAGGAACCUUCAAAUGCAUUUCCCGGUCACUGCCGGGCUCAUCAUCCAGCGGGCAGUUGCUCAGAUUAAGGCAGUUGACGAUGUAAGCUUUUUCGUACGCCGAGGUGAGACCCUUGGUCUGGUGGGAGAAAGCGGAUGCGGCAAAACGACGACCGGUCGCUGCAUAUUGCAAUUGUACAAACCUACCGGCGGUGAGGUCUAUUUUGACGGCCAAGAGUUGACGGGCAUGUCUACCCGGCAAAUGCGGGUCAUGCGUCGGCGGAUGCAGGUCAUUUUCCAGGACCCUUACAGCUCGCUAAACCCCCGGAUGACUGCCGGCAAUAUCAUCGGAGAACCCCUGAUAGUUCACGGGUUGGUGAACAGCAAGGAGGAGUACCGAGACAGGGUUUCGGAAUUGCUGCAGAACGUAGGGUUGAAUCCCUAUAUGGCGGACCGUUUCCCCCAUGAGUUCAGCGGUGGCCAGCGACAGCGCAUUGGGGUAGCCAGAGCCCUGUCCGUGGAUCCCUCCUUCAUAGUGUGCGACGAGCCCGUAUCUGCUCUGGAUGUGUCGAUUCAGGCCCAGAUCGUAAAUCUGCUGGAGGACCUGCAGGAACAGUUCGACCUGACCUACCUCUUCAUAGCCCAUGACCUUUCCGUGGUCAGGCACAUCAGCAACCGGGUGGCAGUGAUGUACCUGGGCCACAUUGUGGAGAUUGCAGACCGGAACGAGAUUUACCAGAGUCCGAUGCACCCCUAUACGAGGGCCCUGCUUUCGGCUGUGCCCAUUCCUGAUCCGGUUAUUGACGCUCAGCGUGAACGUAUCCUUCUCAGUGGUGAGGUUCCCAGUCCUCUGAACCCGCCAAGCGGCUGUGUAUUCCACCCCCGCUGCCCCAUUGCAAUAGACAGUUGUCAGGCAGUAGUACCGGAGUUGCGUGAGGUUAUGAAUCCUCAACUUAUCCGCAACUUCUGCAUAAUCGCACACAUUGACCACGGCAAAUCCACCCUCGCCGACCGAUUUCUGGAAAUUACCGAAACGGUACGUCCCCAGGAAAUGAAAGCCCAGUUCAUGGACCAGAUGGAACUGGAACGCGAACGGGGAAUCACUAUCAAGGGCAAGGCAGUGGCCAUGCGUCACAAGGCGCGUGAUGGAAGGGUUUACCAACUCAACCUCAUUGACACACCCGGCCAUGUUGAUUUCAGUUACGAAGUUUCCAGAGCUCUGGCCGCAUGUGAAGGCGCGCUCCUGGUGGUAGAUGCAAGUCAGGGAAUUGAAGCGCAAACCAUCGCUAAUACGUUGCUGGCGAUGGAAUACGACCUUGAUCUUAUUCCUGUCGUCAAUAAGGUGGACCUGCCGCAAGCCGAGCCCGCCAGGGUAGCAGGCGAGUUGCAGCAGGUUUUCGGCUUCAGGGAAGACGAAAUUCUUUACGCUUCCGCCAAGGAAGGUACGGGGGCCCAGGACAUUCUGGAUGCUGUCGUUGAACGGUUGCAACCGCCUUCAGGAGACACUGAGGGUCCCUUUAGAGCGCUGGUAUUUGAUUCUGUCUACAACACCUAUAAAGGAAUCAUAGCUCACGUCAGAGUUGAGGACGGACAGGUUUCCAAGAACGACAAGGUCUUGGUCAUGUCCUCGGGACGGGUGGCCGAGAUUAUGGAAGUGGGGGUAUUUUCUCCGUUUCCUAAGGCAGUGGACGCCCUGUACAGCGGGCAAGUUGGAUACAUAGCCACCGGUUUCAAGGAUGUUCAGGAAUGCAGCGUUGGCGAUACUUUAACCAACAACAACAGGCCUGCGUCGGAACCGCUGCCCGGCUAUGUUGAACUCAAGUCCAUGGUGUUCGCCGGCCUUUAUCCUUCCGAUGGAGAAGAAUACAACAGCUUGCGGGCUGCAUUGGAAAAGCUCCGAUUGAACGACGCAUCAUUGACUAUGGAACCGGAGAGCAGCAGGGCUCUUGGAUUUGGCUUCCGGUGCGGCUUCCUCGGUCUGAUGCAUUUGGAGAUAGUCCAGGAAAGGCUUGAGCGGGAAUAUGACCUGGACCUGAUAGUGACCGCGCCCAGCGUUGCUUACCAGGUCGUUCUUCAGAAUGGCGCAACUAUUAGUGUUGAUAAUCCUUCAAAGCUGCCCGACCCGAAUGAACUGAAGGAAAUACAGGAACCGAUUUUGGGUCUGACAAUAGUUGCUCCAAACAGACACGUUGGCGCGAUUAUGGAGCUAAUGCACACGCGACGCUCCGAUUUCAAGCGCAUGGAGUAUAUUCAGGGCAUAACGGCGAGAGACGGUGGCGAGGCCAAGGAAGAACAGACCAGGGUGGUCAUGGAAUACACUAUGCCGCUGUCAGAAAUGCUGGCCGAUUUUUACAACCAGCUCAAGUCCAAGACCCAAGGUUAUGCCUCCCUGGACUACACCUUUGAAGGCUACCGAGUGGCACCCUUGAGCCGGGUGGAUAUCCUUAUUAAUCACCUGCCGGUGGAAGCACUUUCCAUGAUCGUCCAUCGGGACGUGGCAGUGGUCCACGGGCGCAGCCUUGUCGAAAAGCUGAGAACCACUAUACCCAGACAGCUAUUCGAGGUGCCGAUUCAGGCAGCCAUCGGGAGUCGCGUAAUAGCCCGUGAAACGGUACGUGCCUUGCGCAAGGAUGUGCUCGCCAAGUGUUACGGUGGUGACAUCACCCGCAAGAGAAAGCUGCUUGAAAAGCAGAAAGAGGGCAAGAAACGAAUGAAGAGCGUGGGCCGGGUGGAAGUGCCUCAGGAAGCAUUCUUGAGCCUAUUGGGAAUCGGAAGUGAAAACUAA